AGGACUCUAACCCAUGCAGGUGUCACAAGAUCAGUGCAUCCAGGACUUCCUUCUAAGAUUGAUUUUCAGCGGUGCUAAAUGGAGCAUUUCAAGAAAGGAGUGGAGUUUGGGAUGGCUUCCCUGCAGAGAUGCCACUCACUAUCGUGUCAAAUGGCAGAGGGCACGCAGAUCGAUGCGCGGAAGGCGGGAAACCGAUGUGGCAAGGAGAAAUCACGGCGUGCAAAAUGCAGCCAUCCUGCAGAGAUGCCGGUCAUCCCCGAGCAGGCAAUGGAGUUCCUCUCUCGGACAUGGAGCCCUUCCUCCUCGGAUCUCUUCCAAAUCCUCUCUCCCAGUAGCCUAGGAACAUCACCGGUAGGCCGUCAGGAAGACGAGAUGAUGGGAGACGAAGACGAUGAGGCACAUGGCGACACGGUUCGAUUCGAUGGAGGUAGAAGCCAACAAGUGUUCGAUCAGGCAUGGGGAAUUCUAGCCAGCGGGAAGUCUAGCUCAGGACAGCGCAAACAUAAGCCAACCACACCUACAUGGCUGAACAUGGGACACUUGAGGGCGAUUCUGAGAGGAUACUUGAUGGACAGCUUCCCCGUCGCCGGGAGCCGGAGGAGGAAGAGGCGCGACGAGCUCCGGCUGCACACGGCGCAGGCCCACGCGGCCGUGUCGGUGGCCCAGCUCGCCGCCGCCAUCGCCGGCGUCGUGUCGGCGUGCGAGCUGAGGAGCAGCAGCAGCGGUAGCAGCGCUGGAGCCGGAGCCGGAGCCGACAGGAAGCUGAGCACGGUGCUCGCCUCCGCCGCCGCGCUGGUGGCCACCGUCUGCGCCGAGUCCGCGGAGUCCGCCGGCGCCGACAGGUCCCGCGUCACCUCCGCCGUGAAGGCCGGCCUCGACAGCCGCUCCCCCGCCGAGCUGCUCACCCUCACCGCCACCGCCGCCACAUGUCUGAGAGGUGCAGCUGUGCUGAAGCUGAGGGCAGAGGUCAGCAGAGGGGUCAGCAACAGCAGCAGCAGCAGCAACUCCAUGAUGACGAUGAGCACCGACACAGCUAGUAUUCAGAAAGGCACAAUUCUCAGGGUUUGCCUGCCUUGUGGGAGGUUGCGGCUAAGGACGGUGGCCGUCUUCCCGGAGCCCGGCACGGUGGUGCUGAGGCUGGGGAAGAAGCGCCUGCAUGGGGCAUUCACAACAUACCAGCACUAUGAGGUGUUGUCUGCCUCGAGCUGCGGCGAGGCGGUGGCGGACUGCCGGAAGUUCUUCCCGGUGGCGCUGAGCACGGCGGCCGGGACGGUGCAGCUGCUGCUGGACAACCAGAUGCACUGCAAGGUGUGGAAGGCUUCCAUCGAUAGCAUGCUGUCCGAACGAGAAGUCAAGCACUUCAAAAGUUGAUUAAUUUAACUGGGUGGC